CGUGCUUCAUUUUGAUUGGAGAAGUCAAGCCACCGUCUGAAAGCAGGAUCGUUCCAGAGCUCAUCCAAAUCAACCUCAUUCCCAAGAUUUUUUUAAAAAAAAAAAAUCUCGAAGUUUUCGAUUCUGAUUUUGGUUCAAAUCUCAUUGCUGAAUAAUGGAUAUGACUCAUUUAAGAAUGAUGGACCCUAGACAACUGACUGUCAUAGGAUCUGCAUUUUGCACGAUGCUUACAAUGCACUUCACAGUACAGCUAUUGUCACAGCAUCUCUUUUACUGGAAGAACCCAAAGGAGCAGAAGGCCAUAAUAAUUAUUAUCCUUAUGGCUCCCAUAUAUGCAAUGGAUUCAUUUGUGGGUUUGUUAGAUAUCCGUGGAAGCAAAGCAUUCUUCAUGUUUUUGGACUCUAUUAAAGAAUGUUAUGAGGCUCUGGUAAUUGCUAAGUUCCUGGCUUUGAUGUAUAGUUACCUGAAUAUAUCUAUUAGCAAAAACAUUGUGCCAGAUGGUAUUAAAGGAAGAGAAAUUCACCAUUCAUUUCCAAUGACUCUUUUCCAGCCUCGCGUCGUGCGGCUGGAACACCGUACACUGAAGCUCCUCAAAUAUUGGACAUGGCAGUUUGUCAUCAUCCGUCCAGUUUGCUCCAUCUUGAUGAUAACACUACAAAUACUUGGGAUGUACCCCAGUUGGUUGAGCUGGACAUUCACCAUGAUUCUCAACAUUUCAGUUUUUCUGGCCUUGUAUUCUCUGGUGCUUUUUUACCAUGUGUUUGCAAAGGAACUGGAACCACACAAGCCAUUUGCAAAGUUCGUGUGCAUCAAGGGGAUUGUCUUCUUCUGCUUUUGGCAGGGAGUGGUGCUAGAUGUACUAGCUGCAAUGGGUAUCAUUCGAUCUCACCAUUUCUGGUUAGAUGUGGAGCACAUUGAGUUAGCUAUACAGAAUGUCUUGGUCUGUAUGGAGAUGGUUGUCUUUUGUGUUCUCCAGCAAUAUGCCUAUCAUGUUGCACCUUACAGUGGAGAUGUUGAAGCUAAGAUGUUUUUAAAUAAGAAGACUGAAUGAUUUAAAAAGGCUUGAUAGAAAAUGGGGAGACAGCAAGUAAGAAAUGCAUUGAAGAUUGCUCUACUUCCUUUAGCACUGGAGGCAUGAUGAUAUGGAUCUGGAGGUGAUUUUCAUGUGUAAAAUAUUAUGUUCAUGGUUGGAAAGACGAGAUGUGUUCUCCACAUUCUCUACUUAUAAUUUUUGCUGCUCAAGUCUGUUAUACUAAAACAAGGCUGUCUUUUUAUCUAAGAUUAGAUAUAUCAUCUCCGUUUUUCUGUGGCAUUUGGGCUUGCUUUGGAUAUUGGAAGCAACAGCUAGGAAGAUUGAUAUUUGUAAACCAACUAAAGACAUAUAUCCAGUAUACUUUCUUGUCCCA